AUGAAUGAGACCGACCCAAAGAGUAUCAUCAAUCGGAUCUGCGCACAAAUGACGAGGAACUCGCUGCAGGGCGUGGUGUUUGGUGACGACACGGAUCAGGAAGCCAUUGCUCAGAUCCUGGACUUCAUCUCUGCCCAGACACACAUCCCCAUCCUGGGCAUCAGGGGAGGGUCCUCCAUGGUCAUGGCAGCCAAGGACGACCACUCCAUGUUUUUCCAGUUUGGUCCGUCCAUCGAGCAGCAGGCCUCUGUCAUGUUGAACAUCAUGGAGGAGUAUGACUGGUACAUCUUCUCCAUCGUCACCACAUACUAUCCUGGCUACCAGGACUUUGUCAACAAGGUCCGCAGCACAAUUGAGAACAGUUUUGUGGGCUGGGAGCUAGAAGAGGUCCUCCUACUGGACAUGUCCGUGGACGACGGAGACUCCAAGAUCCAGAACCAGCUGAAGAAACUGCAGAGUCCUGUCAUUCUGCUCUACUGCACAAAGGAGGAGGCUAGCACCAUCUUCGAAGUUGCCCAUUCUGUUGGCCUUACUGGCUACGGCUACACCUGGAUCGUGCCCUCGCUGGUGGCCGGAGAUGCAGACCAUGUUCCCUCUGUCUUCCCUACAGGGCUUAUCUCUGUGUCAUAUGACGAAUGGGACUACAACAUCGAGGCCAGGGUACGUGAUGCAGUGGCUGUCAUUGCCACGGCGACCUCCACCAUGAUACUGGACCGGGGGCCACACACCCUGCUGAAGUCGAGCUGCCUUGGGACACCUGACAAAAAGAGCUCCAACACUGGCCACUCCAAGGAAAUACUGAAGUACCUCAUGAAUGUCACAUUUGAAGGCCGAAACCUGUCAUUCAGCGAAGAGGGUCACCAGAUGUUCCCCAAACUGGUCAUCAUUCUUCUAGACAAGGACAGACAAUGGGACAGGGUUGGCAAGUGGGAGAGAGGCUCUCUGACGAUGAGGUACCAUGUGUGGCCUCGCUUUGAGCUGUACUCUGGAGCAGAGGAGCGGGAGGACCACCUGUCCAUCGUGACUCUGGAAGAGGCUCCAUUUGUCAUUGUGGAGGACGUGGACCCGCUCAGUGGAACCUGCAUGAGGAACACUGUGCCGUGCCGCAAACAGCUCAAACUCAGCAACCAGACAGGUGAUUCAGGGAUUUACAUCAAGCGCUGCUGCAAGGGUUUCUGUAUUGACAUCCUGAAGAAGAUCGCCAAGACGGUCAAGUUUACGUACGACCUCUACCUGGUCACCAACGGCAAACACGGCAAGAAGGUUAAUGGGACGUGGAAUGGCAUGGUUGGAGAGGUGGUGUUGAAGAAUGCCCACAUGGCAGUGGGUUCCCUCACCAUCAACGAAGAGAGGUCAGAGGUCAUCGACUUCUCUGUGCCGUUCAUUGAGACGGGGAUCAGUGUCAUGGUCUCCCGUAGCAACGGCACCGUCUCACCCUCCGCCUUUCUUGAGCCCUUCAGCGCUGAUGUCUGGGUGAUGAUGUUUGUGAUGUUGCUGAUCGUGUCAGCCGUGGCUGUGUUUGUGUUUGAGUACUUCAGCCCGGUGGGUUACAAUCGCUGUCUGGCAGACGGACGAGAGCCUGGAGGUCCCUCCUUCACUAUCGGUAAGGCCGUCUGGCUGCUUUGGGGUCUGGUUUUCAACAACUCUGUCCCCGUGCAGAAUCCCAAAGGUACAACCAGUAAGAUCAUGGUGUCAGUGUGGGCCUUUUUCGCUGUCAUCUUCCUGGCCUCCUACACUGCCAACUUGGCUGCCUUCAUGAUCCAGGAGGAGUAUGUCGACCAGGUGUCGGGCCUGUCAGACAAAAAGUUCCAGAAGCCGAACGAAUUCUCACCGCCGUUCCGGUUCGGCACGGUGCCCAAUGGGAGUACAGAGCGCAACAUCCGCAACAACUACCGGGACAUGCAUACCUACAUGACCAGUUUCCACCAGAAGAAUGUAGAUGAAGCGCUGUACAGUCUGAAGACCGGCAAACUGGAUGCCUUUAUCUACGACGCUGCAGUGCUGAACUACAUGGCUGGCAGAGACGAGGGCUGUAAGCUGGUCACCAUUGGGAGUGGCAAGGUGUUCGCCUCCACAGGCUAUGGCAUCGCCAUCCAGAAGGACUCAGGCUGGAAACGAGCUGUGGAUCUUGCCAUCCUCAUGCUGUUUGGAGAUGGUGAGAUGGAGGAGCUGGAGGCCCUGUGGCUGACGGGCAUCUGCCACAAUGAGAAGAACGAGGUGAUGAGCAGCCAGCUGGACGUGGACAACAUGGCGGGGGUCUUCUACAUGCUCGGGGCCGCCAUGGUUCUGUCAUUCAUCACCUUCAUCUGUGAACAUUUGUUCUACUGGCAGCUGCGCUUCUGCUUCAUGGGCGUGUGCUCCGGAAAGCCCGGGGUCACCUUCUCCAUUAGCAGAGGUAUCUACAGCUGCAUCCAUGGGGUACAAAUCGAGGAAAACAAGUCAACCAUAGACUCACCUUCGGCCACCAUGAAGAAGAACAUGAACAACACCCACUCCAACAUCCUGCGGUUGCUCCGCACUGCCAAGGACAUGACCGCUGUCCCAGGCAUUAAUGGCUCUCCGCAUGCCGCCCUGGAGUACAGCCACAGCAGUCGUGAGUCGGCUAUCUAUGAUAUCCAGGAGCAUCGGCGCAGCUUGGUGGGUCACCCUGUAGACUGCAAGUCAGCGCCACCUUACCUGCCAGAGGACAACAUGUUCAGUGACUACAUCAGCGAGGUGGAGAGGACUUUUGGCAACUUGCCCCUGAAGGACAGCAACCUGUACCAGGACCAUUACCGGCACCACCACCCGGCCUCGGCUCUGGGUAUGUCCGGCCCCCCGCCUAAUAGGCCGCGUAGUUUAGGCAGCGCUAGCUCGUUGGAAGGGGGCAUGUUCGAUUGCGACAGUUUAGGGGGAGGGGUAGCACCCAUCUUUACCACCCAGCCCCGCCCCUCCAUGACUCACAGGAAUACCAAUAAAUUUGACCUGAUUGCUGGCCACACCCCUGCGGAUUCCAACCAGGGUGGGUUCAAGGGAAGCAAUGUGUACGGCAGGUUUUCUUUCAAAGGAGGCGCAUCCAGCACGGGGCUCAUCGGGGGUCAUGACAGGUACUGUGGUGGGGGUGGGGGAGGCUCGGGGGGUGACGAUGGGAACAUUCGCUCUGAUGUAUCGGAUAUCUCCACCCACACUGUCACCUAUGGCAACCUGGAGGGCAACAACAAACGGCGUAAGCAGUACAGGGACAGCCUGAAAAAGAGGCCAGCCUCGGCCAAGUGCCGACGGGAGCAGGACGAGAUAGAGCUGAGCGGCUUCAGGAGGAGACCCCACCACCACACCGUCCACCACCACUUCCCCCACGGGCCUCUGGCACACCGCACGGUCUCACCUCCCCUGGAGAGGAAGAGGGGAGGAGGAGGGGGUAAUUCUUCACCUUACUUAUUCCGCAAAGACAAAGAGAACCUGAGGGAUUUCUAUGCGGACCAGUUCCGCUCCAAGGAGGGCAAGGCCAAGUGGGAGCAAGAGGGUGGAAGUGGAGGAAGCGGUGUGGGCGGUGGUAGUGGUGGUGGUAUCUGUAAAAGCUUAGUGCCUGUGGAAGACUUCCUCAAAGGUAAAGGCAAGAAGCCCGAGUGUAAAGGAGGUGGGGGCAUAGCAGGGGGUGACUGGGAGUGUCGUAACUGCCACAGUGUGUGCCACCACGGUGGAGGUGUAGGAGGAGGCGGUGGCACAUGCCCAGCUAGCGGAGUUGGGGGGAGCAGCAGUCGCCCCAGCUCCGCUACCUGCAAACGCUGUGACUCCUGUAAGAUGCAGCCAAGCAACCUUUACAACAUCAGCGAGGAUAAUAACAUGGUGUUCCCUGGAGGGAAGAGUAGCGUAGGACCCAGCCAAACACAAACUCAGGCACAGCGCAGGAAGCUAGGGCCAGGUGGGAGGGUGUUACGGAGGCAACACUCAUAUGACACAUUUGUGGACCUGCAGAGGGAGGGGGCAGGCCGCAUGGGAGGGGUUGGCGGGGGCAUUGGGGGCCAGUUUCCCCAGCCCCGAAGCGUGAGCUUGAAAGACAAAGACCGCUUCAUGGAGGGCCCCAGCCCCUAUGCCCACAUGUUUGAGAGGUAUGCAGGCGAAAGGGAGUCUCCCAUGUUUGGAGGAAUAGGUGGGGAUAGGGCGAAAGGAGGCUCUUCCUUCAGUUUGUUCCGUGGAGGCGAAGGUGGGUUGCAUCGGCGGUCAGUGGGGGAGAGAGACCUGAGGGACAGAGAUAGAGCUAUGAUGGGAGGUGGGGGCUGUGGUGGUGGUGGUGGUGGUGGUGGUAGCAGAGGGGCUGGGACUUACUCCUUGUCUAAAUCUCUCUACCCAGAUAAGGUGAACCAGAACCCCUUCAUCCCAACCUUCGGCGACGACCAGUGUCUAUUACACGGUGCGAAACCGUACUACAUCAAAAAGCCUCAGACGCAGCAACAGCAGCAGCAGCAGCAGCAACUUCUCAACAACAGCCGAGGAGGAGGGGAUUUCCGCGGCUCCAUGGGAGUGACUUCCUAUUUGCCCGCGUCCGCCACAGCUGGGGUGAUGUCCAAUGUGGCCCCCAGGUUCCCCAAAGAGUUAUGUCUGGGUGGGGUGGGAGGGCCCAUGGGGAACCACCACGGGGCCAACAAGCUAAUGCCUGGGGGCAGGGACACGUUAGGUUUGGGGCAGGGACAGAGACCCUUCAACGGUGCCAGCAAUGGACACGUUUACGAAAAGCUCUCCAGCAUUGAGUCAGACGUCUGA